AUGACAUUGUUGAUGAUCAGUGAGAAUCAGACAAUGGUGACUGAGUUCCUAUUCUCUCUAUUUCCACGUCUGCAUGAAGGUGGCCUCUUAUUCUUCAUCCCCUUGCUGCUCAUCUAUGGAUUUAUCCUAACUGGCAACCUUGUGAUAUUCAUUGUCAUCCAGCUGGAUGCAGCCCUAAAGACCCCCAUGUAUUUCUUCAUCAGUGUCCUUUCGUUCCUGGAGAUCUGGUACACCACAACCACCAUCCCUAAGAUGCUGCACCUCCUAGUCAGUGAGCAGAAGACCAUCUCUCUUGUGGGCUGCCUGUUGCAGAUGUACUUCUUCCACUCCCUUGGUAUCUCAGAAGGCUGUGUCCUGACAGCAAUGGCUGUUGAUCGGUACAUAGCUAUUUGCAAUCCCCUCCGUUAUCCAACGAUCAUGAUUCCCAAGUUUUGUAUUCAGCUAACAGCUGGAUCCUGUCUCUGUGGCUUCCUUCUUGUACUCCCUGAAAUUGUAUGGAUCGCCACCUUACCUUUCUGUGGCUCCAAUCAGAUCCAACAGAUCUUCUGUGACUUCACACCUGUGCUGAGCUUGGCCUGCACAGAUACAUCCUUAGUCGUCAUUGUCGAUGCCAUCCACGCAGUGGAGAUCCUGGCCUCCUUCCUGGUCAUUGCUUUGUCCUACAUUCGGAUCAUUGUGGUGAUCCUGAAGAUGCCAUCAGCUGAAGGCCGCCACAAGGCCUUUUCCACCUGUGCUGCCCAUCUUGCUGUGUUCCUACUGUUUUUUGGCAGUGUGGCUCUCAUGUAUUUGCGAUUCUCAGUCACCUACUCAGUGUUCUGGGACACAGCAAUUGCUGUAUCUUUUGUUAUCCUUGCUCCCUUCCUCAAUCCCAUCAUUUACAGCCUGAGAAAUAAAGACAUGAAAGAUGCCAUUGCAAGGCUUUUCCACUAUCAUAAACGGCCCCGCAGUAAUUAA